AAAAAUGGCUGCCGCCAUGAUGGUGCCUUUUUCACAUCUUCUGCAAGUUUAUGUGACGACCUGCUUAAAGUUUAACAUUGACACGCGGUGGACUUCAAUAUGUAUGAUCUACUUAUGCUGCCACAAUGUAAAGGCAACAAUCACUGGGUUUUGCUGGUUGCAAGUGUUAUGUCCAGGACUGUAACCAUUUACGACUCGUUGGGUGGUAACAACAAGGCCUUGUUCGAUUUGUUCUGCCAGUUCAUGUGUCAACGAGCGCAAAUAGUGAAAGAUGGCUUGGAAAAAUUCAGUUCAGAGUUCAAAGCGCCACCUUGCAACAAACAGCACCAUGGAAACAGCUGUGGAGUGUUUGCAUUGAUGACUGCCAAAUGUUUGGUCAUGAAAAUGCAUCCCACAAUGUUGCGACAGGCCCAUGAUUCAGUUUAUCGAGACUAGUCGUGAGACGCAGACUUCUGAUUCAUGGGGUGCGGCAAACAUAUCUGUACGACUCGAUGACUUCACUGUAAAGACCCGCACGGCAUUAAAAUGGAUAUUAUCAAUAUGUGUUGUUUCGCGAAAAUAUGUUUUUGUAGCAGGAAGUGCUUUGGGCUCGAUUAAUCUGAGAACUCAACAAAAUAUUAAUAAAAUCCUUC